UUUGUUGAAGAUCUCCAGACCAUGACCUCCCUAGUCAGCACUUCUCAUCUCCAACUAGCUGCUUUUGCUUUUGGUACAGUAGGCUGGAUCUUAUGCACCAUUUCAAUGGGGCUUGUGGAAUGGAGAGUAUGGCAUGUGGACAACACCACCAUCAUCUCCUCUGGCAUUGCAUGGGUGGGAAUAUGGAAAGUUUGCUUCAUCAGUUAUCUUCACGUCUCCUUUGACCUUAAAGAACAGAUCUGUCAUAAAAUGAAUGACUAUGAGACCUCCAUCCCCAAAGCAAUUUUUGUUGCUCAGGGCCUCCUGCUGAUUGCCAUGGUUGUCGGUGCACUGGGAAUGGCUUCCACUAUAUUUGCUCUGAGGAGUAUUUAUAUGGGAAUACUUUACAAAACUCAGAUCAUCCGUUUUUUUCUAGUGGCUGGAUUCUUGUACCUAGCUGCAGGUCUUUGUGUCUUAAUUCCAGUGAGCUGGAAUUUCUAUUCUGUAGUGCACAACCAAACAAUCUCCUUUCCCACUUCUUUCUACAUGCCCUCCAGCCCAGUGGCUCAAGAAGUUGGUGCUGCUAUUCCUCUUGGGAUCAUCUCUGCCAUCCUACUGCUGAUGAGUGCGACUUUCUCUUUUUCUUACAAAUUUCCUGUCACCCCAAAUGCUGGGGUGUAA